AUUAUGAACAAAGGCCAAAUCCCCAGUUUUACUCUCCUUCCUCGUUUUCUCGCCCUCGGCGAAGAUUACCGAGGAGAGAGAUUUCAACCCUAAUAAUUUUCCCACGGGGUUUGUCCAAUUCCAUCUGACACAGCUGAUGCUUUCUUAGCUCGUCUUCUGCUAUGUUUUGGAUCUCGUUUCUGGAGGCAUCACUGGCUCCUAAAAUGGGGAAAAAAAUGAUGGCUAAGAAGGGGAUUUGAUGAACCAAGCAUUUUAAUCUCGUCUAAAUGCGUUUUUACACCAAAGAUCAGUUCUUUUAGGUGGAUCGGGGUUCUUUUAAUCUGGGUCCUCCGGUAUUUGACUACAUGGCGGCUUGCAUCCAAUUUCCUUUUCCUUUAUUCCCUUCAAUUAGACGAGGAGCAGCAAAUUUAUUUCCCGGAAUGCUUGAUUUAAUCAGAUUUCUGAGUUUGGAAACUGGAAGUGUCCUGUUGGAACGAGAUUUUUGGACAGGGUAAAUUGUGGAUAUGGGAUCUGUUUGUUCUUGCUUUCUUCACCAGGAUAUGGAGGAACAUCCACAUUCUAAUGCUUUGGCUUUCAGAAAUUGCAUCUGCCUUAGAUAUUUGGGUCAACAAUUCAUUAAUGUGUACAUUGCUUUAUUUCAAAGAGGAGUGCAUGCCGCUACUUCAUCUGUGCAGGAGAGAAUUACUUUUGUAUCUCAAGCACCUACUGUUGAUGACUCUAUUCCUGAUACAUACCAGUCUCCUCCCAGGCCAAUACCUUAUGAUGAUCCGAGAUUUUCUCGGCCUCAUCAUGGAGUUAUGUCCAACAAUAAGUUCCUUAGCCAUUACCAUGAGGAGUCUGAAUCAUGUAGAAGUAACAAUGUUUGUGAGACAGAAUCAUCGAGAAUGGAAAGCAAAUCUAAGUCAGACUUUGACUCACGAUCCAAAUUCUGUAUACCUGAGUCUUCAUUAAAGAACACUGCAGAAGCCAGAAAAGAAGUAACUUACCUCUUUCCUUCUUCUGAAGAGGAGGAUGUCUGUCCAACAUGCCUUGAAGAAUAUACUUCCGAAGAUCCAAAGAUAAUAAUGCAAUGUUCACAUCAUUUUCAUCUUGGUUGUAUAUAUGAGUGGAUGGAGAGAAGCGAAGCAUGUCCUGUUUGCGGCAAGAUGAUGGUUUUCAAAGAAGCAACAUGACGUUUCCAUUUUUCCUUGGUACUAUAUGUAUCUUGGGUGAGUGUGUCUACUUCAUAUCUUGAAGUUUGUAUAUAUUAUAUCCAUGCCAUUCUGUUGGCAUACUUUCGCUUUCUGAAGGAACACAUCAAAUCUGACUUGUCCACGAGGCUUUUUAUGGUUAGAUUCUUGUGUUACAGAAGUAUACGGGAUCAGACAAGCGUUGCCUCAAAUUGUACAGGAAAAAAUGUUGAUAUCAUGUAAAAUGGUUGAUGGUGGAAUGCAAUUCUAUGAUAAUAUUCACAUUAUGCUUUA